UUAAUCAAAGUGGCAACGCUGGCUGAAAGACUGAAAAUUGUUUGGUUUAUAUUUGACAACAAACUAUAUUAAAAUGAGCGGCUCAAAGGCGAAAAAGCACAGCAAAAGCGACCAAAUUCCCAAGCCCAUUAGCAUAAAGAAGGAGAAGAUGGAGGAGGACCGCACGCUGCACCCGAUGACCCACUAUAUAGACGACCGUCUGGAGCUGGUGAAACAAAUUUUUGGGACCUUAAAACCCAAAACUAUCAUGAACCUGGCACCGGAAUUCCUAAAGAAAACCCCCCUGGACGAAAUCGAGGAACUCUGCCUGGAGGAGCUCCUCUGCUUGUCCACAAAGCGCCUGAAAUCCAUUAUAGAAGGCACCAAAUGUCCCACAGACACCGAGAGCUCUGAAGAUUCAGAUGUGGAGCGCAAAGAGGAACACAUUUCUCUGGAGGAGAUUUCCUCGGACAGCGACAUUGGAGGCCAGGAAUCCCGAAAAAGCAAGAAGAAGCUUAGAGCCAAAAAAACGAACAAUGGAAAUGAAAACAAGGAGUCGGGCGGUCAGAUGAGCGUGCUGGAAUUGCUGGAGCUUCAAGCCCGUGCCAGAGCCAUUCGCUCUCAACUUGCCAUGGAGCCAAUCACCAAGAUAGAGGUCAAAUCGGACGAUGAUGACGAGGUACCAGCAGAGAAAGUUAAGCGAAAGGAAAAGGAUAAGCGCAGCUCCAAAAACAAGGAGUCCGGCAGCCGCAAAUCUCAUGAAAGUAAAGCAGCCAAAGAGGGUACAGCGAUCCGCUCGGCAGAUGCAGAUAGUAGCAGCAAAGAACAGUCGGCUCCCCGGAAGAAAAUCAAGAUCAAGCGGAACUAUCGACAGACGUCACCCGAAAAAGAAGUGCCAGCUCCAGCCCCUGCUCCUCCUCCACCGCCGUCCGAAACUUUGGUUGCAAAGAAGGAUUCCCCCAAGCAGCCACGUUCCAAAUCGCGUUCUGCUUCACCAGAUGUGAUAACCAUACAAACAGAGCCGGAAACAUUGCUGAUCAGCGACAGCACAGAUGAUGAGGCCACAAAACAGAAAUCAAAGGAAAUCAUUGAGCCAGCUGUAGCGGAGCCACCAGCUCCAGUCGUAGAAAGCGAGCCGGAGGAAGGUGAAGUCCGCGAUGAACCCGAAGAGCCAGCCAAAGCAGAAGAGCCAUCAAAGCCAGAAGAACCUGCAAAGGCAGAAGAUCCAGCUGUACCAGAACAACCCGCCGAUGCUGAGAUCCUUUCUAAGCCAGAUGAGGCGGAAAAGUCUGAAGAGCUAGAUACAACAACGACAAAAGAACAGCCCUUGGUAGAAGCACCCUUAGUUGACCAUAAUCCUCCUGCCCAAUCAAAGGAACUCCCUGCACCCGAACCAGCUGCCAUAGACGACGAAGAUCAAAACGACGAUGUCAUUUCAAUAGGCGGUGAUCUGGAAAUGAUUGAAGAGAUGACCAAGGAAGACGAGCCACCGCCAGUGAGCAUUAAAAACGAGAAAAAGGAAAAUCUGGCCAAUCUCGAGGACAUGGACAACGAUGUUAUUUCUCUGGACACAAGCGAGGAUGAGCGAGACAAAUUAGAGGAGCCGAACUCCGAGUCCUGGCGCACACGCUACAUGAAGAGCUCCAAGGUCAGCCAGGUGCUGGCAGAGUCACGACUGGGAAAACGCGUACGCGACAAACUCAAGAAGUCGAAGCGCAGCAAAGUCGUCGCCAGUGAUGAGCAGGCCAAGGUUGAAAAGCCGGUCUCGUUCACUUCGAAGCACGAGGAUGGAUCCAUUGAGCAAUAUCAGGAGCUGCUGCAGCACCGUCAGCGCAAAACUUCCAGCAGCAGCAAGGGUGAUAAAUAAAUCCACUGGGCGAGGAGGAUUGGGAUUUUUAUUGUAAAGUCGCGUACUGACGCACAGUCCUGGUUUAUAUGGCAUAUAAAAAGUCGAAUAAAAAUCCGCUGUCCUCGGGGGCGGCAGAAAACGUAAA